AUGUUCCGUCAAAUAAAUCUCCACGAAGAUGAUCGAAACUACCAUCGCAUCUUAUGGCGAGACGACACCAGAGAAGCCGUGAAAGAAUAUCAACUGAAUACCGUAACUUACGGCACAGGCCCAGCUACAUACUUGUCAGUGAGAGUUCUGAAACAACUAGCCAUAGAUGAAGGUGAUAAGUAUCCCAAGGCCGCAAACAUUCUUCAACAAGAUUUCUACGUGGAUGACAUGCUAACAGGCGCUGAUUCGCAGGAAGAAGCAGAAGAAAUAUAUAUCCAAAUCACCAAGCUCAUGGCGCUUGGCCAAAUGAACAUACGAAAAUGGACAAGCAAUUCAAUGGAGCUAAUGCAGAAAAUUCCAGAGGAAUCUCGAGAAAAGGGUAUCAUCCAAAUAAAAGAAGACGAGACAAUAAAGCCAUUAGGAAUCCAUUGGAGUCCAACAAGGGAUGAAUUCCAAUACACAAUAAAAUUCUCACAUGACAAGCAGUGGAUAAAGCGCGGAAUAUUAUCCAAAAUCGCCUCGAUUUUCGAUCCAACAGGCUGGCUUGCGCCGACAAUCCUACGCGCAAAAAUAAAUAUGCAAGCACUGUGGAAGGAAAACAUUGGAUGGGACGAAAAACCCUCACAAACGUUCAUCAAACACUGGAUAGAAUUCUGCGAAGACAUCAUCAAUAUACAAAAAAUACGUAUUCCUAGAUGGACUAGAUACAAACCAGGAGCGACCAUAGAACUUCAUGGUUUCUCAGAUGCAUCGAGACUAGCAUACGCUGCUUGCGUAUAUGUUCGCAUCAUCUACAAAAACAGAGUCACAAUCUCACUAAUAGCAGCCAAAACCAGAGUUGCGCCAAUUAAAGGGAAUAUUACUAUUCCUAGAAUGGAGUUAUGCGGAGCAGUACUUCUCGCAAACCUAAUGAAAACUACAGAAGAGGCUUUAGACAUGAAGAUCAGCAAAAAAUAUGCAUGGUGUGAUAGUCAAAUCACACUUGCAUGGAUCGAUAAGGACCCAUCAACUUGGCAGACAUACAUUGCAAAUCGGGUCAAUAAAAUUCAUCAAUGCACUCCAAGAGAAAUUUGGAAUUACAUUGCCUCAGACGAAAACCCGGCAGACAUUGCUUCGCGAGGUAUCACAGCAGAUGCCCUUGUAGGCUGCAAGCUGUGGUGGCGGGGGCCAAGAUGGCUACGCCAUGACGAGGAAGAAUGGCCAGUUAAUAAUCAAGAUGAAGCAUUAUUAGAGCUUGAAAAAACCAUGAUGAAAGCAAACAACAGUCCAUUUGCAAACUAG